UUUUGUUUUGUGAGUUUUCUAUCCGUUUCGUUGACUUUGAGUAUUUUCGUGUUUAUAAGAACACGUUACUGUAAUCCCACUAAAUUGGAAGUUACACAAUUUGUAAGCAGCAUAUUUUCCUUUGACAGAGUGAAGACAGGGCGGCUUGAAAGGUGGAAUUCAACACUUCGGAGUAACCCGAGCACCUUGCUAACUAGUAACGUUAACGUAGUAGGCUAACGUUAGUUCGGGAGGGGAGCCGAUCCAACGAAACCAUGGGGAACCGGGGGAUGGAAGAUUUGAUCCCCCUUAUCAACAAACUUCAGGACGCUUUCAGUUCCAUCGGCCAGAGUUGUAACUUGGACCUACCGCAAAUUGCUGUGGUCGGUGGACAGAGUGCUGGAAAAAGCUCGGUCUUGGAAAAUUUCGUUGGCAGGGAUUUUCUUCCUCGAGGAUCAGGCAUUGUCACCCGUAGACCUCUGAUCCUGCAGCUGUGCUUUAACAAAGCCGAGUAUGCAGAGUUCCUACACUGUAAAGGGAGGAAGUUUGUGGACUUUGAGGAGGUCCGGGCGGAGAUUGAGGCGGAGACAGACAGGAUCACAGGCUCCAACAAGGGCAUCUCCCCCAUCCCCAUCAACCUCCGGGUCUACUCCCCUAACGUGUUAAACCUGACUCUGAUCGACCUGCCGGGGAUGACUAAGGUGGCAGUGGGGGACCAGCCGCUGGACAUAGAGCACCAGAUCAGGGACAUGCUGCUGCAGUUCAUCACCAAGGAGAGCUGCCUCAUCCUGGCCGUCACCCCCGCCAACCAGGACCUGGCCAACUCCGACGCCCUCAAGAUUGCCAAGGAGGUGGACCCACAGGGUCUGCGCACUAUUGGCGUGAUCACAAAGCUGGACCUGAUGGACGAAGGGACGGAUGCUAAAGACAUCCUGGAGAACAAACUGCUACCUCUGCGUAGAGGUUAUAUCGGCGUUGUGAACCGCAGUCAGAAGGACAUAGAUGGCAGGAAGGACAUCCGUGCUGCGCUGGCUGCUGAGAGGAAGUUCUUCCUGUCUCACCCGGGCUACAGACACAUGGCCGAGCGCAUGGGCACCCCACACCUGCAGAAACAACUAAACCAGCAACUGACCAACCACAUCAGGGACACUCUGCCUGGGCUGCGCAGUAAGCUGCAGAGCCAGGUGCUCUCCCUGGAGAAAGAGGUGGAGGAGUACAAGAACUUCCGUCCCGACGACCCCACACGCAAGACCAAGGCCCUGCUGCAGAUGGUGCAGCAGUUUGGGGUGGACUUUGAGAAGCGUAUCGAGGGCUCUGGGGACCAGGUGGACACAGCGGAGUUGUCGGGCGGUGCCAAAAUCAACCGGAUCUUCCACGAGCGCUUCCCCUUCGAGCUGGUCAAGAUUGUGUUUGAUGAGAAGGAGUUGAGGAGGGAGAUCAGUCAUGCCAUCAAGAAUGUCCAUGGUGUCAGAACGGGCCUGUUCACUCCCGACCUGGCGUUUGAGGCCAUUGUGAAAAAGCAGAUCAUUAAGCUGAAAGAGCCCUGUAUCAAAUGUAUCGACCUUGUCAUUCAGGAGCUCAUCAACACAGUCAGGCAGUGCACCAACAAGCUGGGUUCUUACCCCCGGCUGAGAGAGGAGACCGAGAGGAUCGUCACCACCUACGUCAGAGAGAGAGAGGGCAAGACCAAGGACCAGGUGAUGCUGCUGAUUGACAUUGAGCUGUCCUACAUCAACACCAACCACGAGGACUUUAUAGGCUUCGCCAAUCUUGACUUCAGAAGGCACGAUGAUGGUAGCCCACCAGGGUACGGCAACAACAGUGCCCAGCAGAGAAAUACACAUCAGAACAAGAAGAGGGCCAUUCCAAACCAGGGUGAGAUUCUGGUCAUCCGCAAAGGCUGGCUCACCAUCAACAUCAGCAUCAUGAAGGGAGGCUCCAAGGAGUACUGGUUCGUCCUGACCGCAGAGUCACUAUCCUGGUACAAGGAUGAGGAGGAGAAAGAGAAGAAGUACAUGCUUCCCCUAGAUAACCUCAAGCUGAGGGAUGUGGAGAAAGGCUUCAUGUCCACCAAACAUGUAUUUGGCGUCUUCAACACUGAAUCCAGCAGGAAUGUGUAUAAGGACCUUCGUCAGAUUGAGUUGGCCUGUGACACCCAGGAGGACGUGGACAGUUGGAAAGCCUCCUUCCUGAGGGCUGGGGUCUACCCUGAGAAGGACCAGGUGGACACUGAGGAUACGGCCCCGUCAGAAACCUUCUCCAUGGACCCCCAGCUGGAGAGGCAGGUGGAGACCAUCCGUAACCUGGUGGACUCCUACAUCGGCAUUGUCAACAAGUCCAUCAGGGACCUCAUGCCCAAGACCAUCAUGCACCUCAUGAUCAACAGCGCUAAGGACUUCAUCCACUCAGAGCUGCUGGCCUACCUGUACUCAUCAGGUGACCAAAACAGCCUGAUGGAGGAGUCAGCUGACCAGGCGCAGCGCCGCGACGAGAUGCUCCGCAUGUACCACGCCCUCAAGGAGGCACUGCACAUCAUCGGUGACAUCACCACCACCACCGUGACGGUCCCCGUGCCGCCGCCCGUCAACGACAGCUGGAUGCAGGAAGCCAGUCCUACCCCCCAGCGCCGCCCCCCGGCCGCAGCAGCCCCUCCCCCAAGCCGUCCUCCUGCAGUGAGUGGCCCAAGGCCGGGACCUCCCCUCAACCCCUCCCCAGCAUUUGGGGGGCCCCCCAUCCCCUCUCGCCCUGGCCCGCCGCCCAUUAACGCCUUUGGCAGCAACAACCAUCAGGACCCUUUCAGUGCCCCCCCACUGAUCCCCUCUCGGCCUGCUCGCAUCCCCCCUGGCGUGCCCAGGCGGCCUGCUCCUGCUCGUCGUAACCAGUGGUGACCUUGCCCCAAAGCAGGAUAGGAUUGGAGAUGCACUGUCCACAAACCAGCAAGAGAACCAGACCUGCGAAGAAUCAUAAACCUUGAACACCUUAACCUUAAAUAUUCUCCAAAGAAUAGGUUUCGGAGCUGAUUAUACUCUAAAAGCCAUAACUUAGUUUAUAACAUUAAAUACCAGAGUUUUUCAAUGGCAACGGUCAAACGUACUCGUUUUACAAUAACUGACAGCAUUUCAGGAAAAUCAGCCUCCUUUAAAAAAAAAAAAUCCUAAAUUGAAAUGAGAUCUCAUUGCAUAAGCUGUAAUAAAAUACGGAGAGAACUGUCACGUGGUAAAGAAGACAACUUUACUCUCACUCACCAUCUCAUUAAAACUGUUAAAGGCCCAGUGCAGUCAAAAGUGUGAUAUUUAUAUGCUUUAUAUAUUGUUCCACACUUAUGAGGUUGAAAUAAUACUGUGACAAUUAUAAUAAUGCACUUUUAAGUGUAAGGGCGGUUUGAAAAAAAUACCUGAAAUUUCAGCCUGUUUUGGUGGGAUGGAGUUUUAGCCUGCCUGUUGUCAUCACCAGGCUGUAUAUUAGUUCAUCCACCAGUAAGAAAGAGACUUCCAAACCUUUCUGCCAAUAACAGCAGUUUCCCCUCCCCACUCAGACCACUCCCAGUUUCCCCUCCCCGCUCAGACCACUCCCAGUUUCCCCCUCCCCGCUCAGACCACUCCCAGUUUCCCCCUCCCCGCUCAGACCACCCCCAGUUUCCCCCUCCCCGCUCAGACCACUCCCAGUUUCCCCCUCCCCGCUCAGACCACUCCCAGUUUCCCCCUCCCCGCUCAGACCACUCCCAGUUUCCCCCUCCCCGCUCAGACCACCCCCAGUUUCCCCCUCCCCGCUCAGACCACUCCCAGUUUCCCCCUCCCCGCUCAGACCACUCCCAGUUUCCCCCUCCCCGCUCAGACCACUCCCAGUUUCCCCCUCCCUGCUCAGACCACUCCCAGUUUCCCCCUCCCCGCUCAGACCACUCCCAGUUUCCCCCUCCCCGCUCAGACCACUCCCAGUUUCCCCCUCCCCGCUCAGACCACUCCCAGUUUCCCCCUCCCCGCUCAGACCACUCCCAGUUUCCCCCUCCCCGCUCAGACCACUCCCAGUUUCCCCCUCCCUGCUCAGACCACUCCCAGUUUCCCCCUCCCCGCUCAGACCACUCCCAGUUUCCCCCUCCCCGCUCAGACCACUCCCAGUUUCCCCCUCCCCGCUCAGACCACUCCCAGUUUCCCCCUCCCCGCUCAGACCACUCCCAGACAGUCCUAGCAACAUUCUUGGUUGACAAAUUUCUCUUUGCUAAGAAGCUGCUUUUGUUUUGUUUUCAGUUUUAAAAAAUGUAAAUAAUCACAGUAAGGUACUUAAUUGUUACCCAGAAAGUAUUUGAUUUUGAGAUAAAACAGCUGCAUUGGGCCUUUAAUAGCUAGCACCUACCCAGACUGUUCUAGAAGUGUGGGGGAUGUAUUCUGAAAUCUCCAUCCCCUCCAGUGGUUUUAGCGAGCUGUAGCCUGGCUGAAUUCUGACACCACUUUCAGUACGGGUUCAACUUCUGUUCACUAUUUCCAUACUAAACAAACAUUGAGAAAAUGAAAUUAUUUUUGUACUGAUCAAAUUGUUUGACUGCUCAUGUGCCAAAUUCGUAAUGAAAUCCAGUGAUUGUUUGUGUUAGCUAUCUCCUGGGGCAUAACCUCUCCUCUUGGUUUUAUGUACAGUGCAGUUUUGAAAUAUGGGCAUUUCUCAAUAGAUUAGUGUCUGAAUGACUAUUGAACACGUUUGUAGAACUCCUAUAAAAAUGAAGUGUAGAAGUUUGGUUUAUUUACAUGAUUGUAAAUACAUUGUGUGUAGGUGGAACUGUAGAUUAUUUGAGAUCAGCAUUGCUACAGUUAAUCAUUUGACGUGUCAGUUGGGGAACACCACAUGGGAUGAUGACAGCCCUUAAUAUUAUAUGGUAGUGUAUUGGGAGGGUCCCAAAAACCAAAUGGUAAGGUGACUAUUUGAAGGGAUGAGGUGAAGGAUGUUAGGAACACUUCAAUGAAUCAGGUAGUGCUGGGUCCUCCACUGCUGAGUGAGCACAGAAGCAUACAAAGCUUUUAACAGCGAGGGUCAUGUCAUGUUCAGAAGAGAACUUCAAACCAUGUAUGUUCCAGUGGAUGCCUUGCGCAAGGGUCAGACGGUAGAGCAUUGUGCUUGCAACACCAAGGGUCGUAGGUUUGAAUCCUGCUGGGGCCACUCAUACGUGAAAUGUAUGCACGGAUGACUGUAAAUCACUUUGAAUAAAGACCUCUUCUAUAUGGCAUAUGCUGUAUGUUAUCAUUAUACAGUUUAUUUAUACUGUAGUAAGGGUAGUUGUAUGAAGAAGGGCAUAUACCGGUAAUGUGAUUAUAAUGUAGUACAAUGUCAAUAAUAGAUCCAACUGAUGUCAACUGCAGAACUUUGCGAUAUGCCUUUAAUCCAGUGCUGUUUUAUGGUAGCCAAUAAGAUUGCCUUAUUUUCUUUCGCUGCACACUUUUGACACUCAAAUUUGCACUAUUGUACCUAUAAUUGAAAGGAAUGGAUCAUUGAGAUUUUAUGGUUUUAUAAAUACAAUAAUUUUUUCAAAUGAAUGAUUGGAUCUUGUUUUGUGGUGUUGGAGGUGUAUAUAUCAACUAUGAUUGUGGUUGACUUUGCAACAUUCUCCUGGCAGGGAUACUUUUUUGAAUGUCUCAACUCUUUGGCUUCAUCUCACCAGAUCUCUGUCAAACACUAUACAUUUCAAUAAAAAUGUAAUAUCUGUAAAUCAAUAAAACCAUCCCAUGAGGACAGCCA